UAUGGACUGAUGUAUGAGUCAGCUUGACCUGACUAGUCACACGAAACGUCAUUCUCCUCCAAGAUAUCGCAAAGUUAUUUUCUGCUACUUGUAAAAUAAUGUUUCACCGUUGAAAAUGGCAAUGUUUCAAGCAUUGUCGUGUAAGUGGAGUCUUGUCGUCGGGAUUUUAUUGCUGUGUGACAUAUCGCACGCGGAAGAGGCGGUUAACCUCAAAACUGAGGCCGUCAAUAAGUCUACGCCCGUAGGAACGGAUAGCCCGAAUGCUUUAAACGUCACGAGAAGUAUCAGUAUUUUACCAGAAUUAUCUAGCACCGCGCAACCUGCGAACAGCACAAAUGACACCGUCCGUAGCAACGUCAGCUCGACGACGACAAAGCCUUCAGUCACAACUUUAAGUCCGCUGCAACCUGACAAUGUCGCGAACAAUCAGACAACCGAGAGGAUUGGCACAGUGUCACCAGGUCCUACCAAUGAUAAGAAUGCAACGGACAUCCUCGUAUCAUCGCCAGCUCCAGAUAUUGCCAAUGUCACAAAUACCAGCACGACCACUGUUGCUCCAGCGGAACCAGUUCUUCCUGACAAGGGCUCCGCCGAGGAGGAGCAUAACAGCUCGAUGUCCAUAUUUUUUGUACUGUGCGUCUUGGCACUGGGCAUACUGCUGAUACAUCUGAUGCUGCAAACCAACUUCCAGUAUCUCCCCGAGUCGGUGGUAAUCGUUUUCCUGGGCGCCGCAAUUGGCAUGAUCAUAAAUCUCAUGUCGCAUCAGAACAUAGCGAACUGGAGGAAGGAGGAAGCCUUCUCGCCAACCGCAUUUUUCCUGGUGUUGCUGCCGCCCAUCAUAUUCGAGUCGGGAUACAAUCUGCAUAAAGGAAAUUUCUUCCAAAACAUUGGCAGUAUCUUAGUGUUCGCCAUAUUCGGGACAGCCAUCUCUGCGUUUGUCAUCGGAGCUGGGAUCUACCUACUAGGUUUGGCGCAAGUAGCGUACAAACUCAGUUUCGUCGAGAGUUUCGCAUUUGGAUCGCUGAUAUCGGCAGUGGACCCUGUCGCCACGGUCGCAAUCUUUCACGCGCUGGAUGUCGAUCCGGUCCUGAACAUGUUGGUCUUUGGAGAAUCAAUAUUGAACGAUGCCAUUUCCAUCGUACUAACGACUUCCGUUCUCGAGUCCAAUAAUGCGACAACGACCAGCGAGGCUAUUAUACUUGGCUUGAAUCGAUUUUGCCUCAUGUUCUUUGCAUCAGCGGGGAUUGGCGUGGUCUUUGCCCUGAUAAGCGCGCUGCUGUUGAAGCACGUAGAUCUCAGGAAGAACCCAUCUCUGGAAUUUGGCAUAAUGUUGGUUUUUACAUACGCACCAUACGUCUUGGCAGAAGGCAUACAAUUGUCAGGAAUUAUGGCAAUUCUGUUCAAUGGGAUAGUCAUGUCACAUUACACACAUUUCAACUUGUCAACCGUUACACAGAUUACGAUGCAACAAACAAUGCGAACAUUGGCCUUCAUAGCCGAGACUUGCGUUUUUGCAUACUUGGGACUAGCACUGUUUAGCUUCAGACAUAGGUUUGAGCCAGCGUUGGUUGUUUGGUCCUUGAUCUUGUGUCUAAUCGGAAGAGCCGCCAACAUCUUUCCACUCGCCUUACUCGUUAAUCGUUUCCGCGAGCAUCAAAUCACGAAGAAAAUGAUGUUCAUCAUGUGGUUCAGCGGUUUGCGCGGUGCCAUUUCGUAUGCACUGUCCCUUCACUUGGAUUUUAGCGACGAGACGCGCCACGUUAUCAUAACAACGACACUUAUUAUCGUAUUAUUCACGACUUUAAUAUUUGGCGGAUCCACCAUGCCUCUACUGAAAUUCUUGAGAGCUGAAAAGAAGCAAAAGAACAGCAGUGGCAGGAGAAAGAAGAAAGAUAAAGAAGUCACGUUGAGCAAAACUAGAGAAUGGGGACAAACUAUAGAUUCCGAACAUUUAUCGGAACUCACGGAAGAGGAGAUGGAAGUAUCCUUUCUGCAAUCGCGGAUACGCGGUUUCGCGAGAUGGGAUCUGAAAUUCUUUAUCCCAUUCUUCACGAGGCGAUUCACGCAGCAGGAGUUGAAGGACUGCAAAUCGCAGAUGACGGAUUUGACGAAUCAGUGGUAUCAAGCCAUCAGGAUCAGUCCACUCGAAUCGGAUGACGAGGCAACGACCACGGCUUCGACCGCGCAAUUAAACCUCAACGUCACUGGAACGAGCAAAGAUCUACCGAAUGGAAAGGAGAAAAACGGCCGUCCUAGACACGGAACUGAGGAGGAUUGGUCUGAUUAAAAUCCAACUAGUUUCCACUAGUGUAGCGGAUUAUAUUUACUUAUCUAUCCAUCCGAUAAUCUUGUUCCAUUCGAUUUUCUAGUUAUGUAAUAUACAUUUGUUGAAUGCAUGAAAAUUAUAUUAUUGCGAUCUGAUACUUUCAGUAGUAUUAGAGAUAUGUAUAAACAAGCAGAUUUCUAUUCAGUCGGUCUUGUUAUGCACAUAUGAAAUGAUUAUUAAUCGUAACUAUGAUAUUCCGAAGAAACAACGAAAUCUUCUGUACAAUAAUGUAUUAUAAUGAUGAAGGAAUAUUAUAUCAGGUUUAGUAUUUAACUUAUUUAAUAACUGUUAUUUUAGUAAGUAAUAAGUUACUUAAAUUUAAAUAAAUUUGACAAAUUAGCAAUAGUAUUUAGCAAAGGUUGAUUUAAAUAGGUGUAUAAGACAUACUAGUUGAAUUGUUUUUGUCUCCUUCACGCAAGAUUACCCGACUAUAUUUUUAUUCUGGACGGAAGUACACUUUUAUGUUCUAAAGAUGCUAUUUGCACAAUAUAAUAUUAAUCACAUGUUUAAUCUUGCCAAAAAUGUUUAUACGAGCAACGUGAUUGAAAGUGAUGUAAAAUUACAAUUACUCAAUGAACAAUAAUUAAGACAGAUUGAAGUUUGAACAAAAUCUGUUUCUUAAUUAUUAUUUAUGUACGACGGUAUUAUUACGAGAAGAAAAUAUAUGAUUUGCCGUGAACAUUUGCAAGCGUAUGUUUCGUAUCAUAUCACUCGUGGGAGGAUAUAUGUAUAACUGCAUUAUCUUGCUUCCUUGAGGUCGAGCAUUAACCCAUCGUAUAAAUUUCAUAGCUAGAAAUCAGCUGACGGAUGUAGCCAGCGAUGAUGUACUGUAUUAUCGUUGUAACGAAAAUCGAGUGAAAUUCAUGUAAUUGAUAUUGUACAUUUGAUAGACGAUAUACAACAGGUUGUAACUGGUAUAUCUGUAAUUAUAAUGAUACAAGAGGGAAGAUAAUGCUGUAACAAGUUAUAUCUCGCACUCUAUGAAAUAUUCUUUGUCCAGUAUCUUAGAGUAUGCUUAGAAAAAUGUGAAUAUAUUGUACAUUGCACUUUCUAUGAUCAUAAAUCGUGGUAAUCAUUCAGGGAGAAUAAAAGUGAUAUAAUUUGUGAUAUAUUUAAU